AUGUACACAGGCAAGACAGCAAAUCACAGUAUUUUAGUUUUCAUUGGAUUGCACGAGCAAUCCCGUCAUCGGGUAUAAAGUCUUGCGCGCAGUUAUCCUUUUAUCUUAGUUUUGUGAAGACUGGAAAGACCGUACCAGAUCCCUCAUGAUUUCGAAGGUGUUCCUCUUAGCAAUGGUGCUUGCACGAGUCAGCAGUGUACCACAGGGACCGUCAUAUUUGCCGCCCUCAGGAACAAGAGGGGGUGGUACUGGUCAUCCAGAUGAAUGGGCUGGGGAUCCAGUGAAUUACGAGUACUCAUACGAAGUGCAGGAUGCAGCUGCGGGUUUAGACUUUGGCCACCGUGAAAUGCGAAAGGAUGACGAGGCCAAAGGCUCUUAUCACGUUUUGCUGCCAGAUGGAAGAACACAAAUUGUCGAUUACAUUGCUGAUGCUGGUGGAUAUCGACCGAUGAUUCGAUACGAGGGAACAGCCUCCUAUCCAGCACCUGCUGGGGGUGGCGAGGGUUACAAAUACUGAUAGGGCGCUAUUUAAUGGAAUAUUUGAACCUUUCUCGAACGCUUCAAUCCGUUUAAUUCAUUAGAUUCUCAUCGAAUCAUUCAUUAUCGAAUUGGUGACUACUUUAAAAAUGACAACUGAGAGAGAAGCUGCAGUUCCACUACUUAUAAUUAUCAUGAUAUGGACCAAGUACUCUUCAAUAAUUAUUUAUUACUCCAUUUCAUGACCUUCUUCGAAAAUACAUUGCGUUAAAGUGGAUGAAUCGUCUACCUUUAGCAACAGAGCUCACGUCAUUUACAUUAUACUUGCAGCAGCAUCCGUAAGAGAUCGACACUUCAUACCUUUCACUCAACGGACGAGCUCAUCACCGUUUCACCCAGGAAACAUUAUUGAAUAUCUGUUCUCCUGUCAAAUCAACAACCAUGGCAUGAGUUUGACUAGCACUUAUGAAACCUGUCAACCAACAAUUAAUGGCUUUUGUGAUCAGUGUAUUUGAAAAUAGAUAAUCAAAUCAUCCGAAUCAAAUUA